AUGUUCCGACCAAUAGCAUCCACAGCAGAAGCAGCCUCUGCCGAUGUUACCAACUGCUGUACACAGAUAAAAAGCUGGAUGAACAUCAAUAAACUCAAGCUUAACGACGACAAGACGGAGUGUAUGCUAAUAGGCCCAUCUGCAAGAUGUACCCAGUCAGGUCUCACCGCAGUUCAGAUCGGAAGCUCAAGCAUUGAUGUCACUCGGUCUGUGAAGAACUUGGGUGUUUUUUUGGACUCAGAACUGUCCAUGAAGCAACUUGUCAGUCACAUCUCCAGAGUCUGCUCUUUCCAGUUGAGGAAUGUCAGCAACAUCAGAAGGUACCUGACCAAAGAAUCUCUUAUCAUCCUGAUUCUCACCCUGGUAACAUCUAGGCUUGAUUACUGUAACAGCCUCCUUGCCGGUGCACCCAGGUCUGAUACCAACAAGCUCCAGCACAUCCAGAAUACAGCUGCUCGGAUAGUCUCCAGCUGCAGGAAGUACGACCACAUCACCCCCAUCUUACAUGACCUACACUGGCUGCCCAUCCGACAGAGAAUCAGCUAUAAGAUCUUGUGUCAUGUGUAUCGAUGCCUGUCUGAAGAUGCUCCACAAUAUCUGUGUGAUUUGAUCACGGAGUACAAACCAGCUCGAUCACUGCGGUCAGAAAACAAGCUCUUGUUGCAAGUUCCAUCUGUGAAAUCUGUGAACUAUGGACAACGUUCCUUUGCUUUGCAUUGA